UGUUUUCUGAGUUCUUGGCACAGAUUUGACCUCUUUUUCCAAACAUCCUGUAGUGACCGCCCAGUCCUUCCCUCCCACUGUUUUCUUCUCGUGUUUCUCUUCACUGGGCUGUUGCACAACGGCAUUGUUUUCAUCUUGGUGGUUCUGUCACAGACACAUGCAGUGAUGGUGGAGGAUCGAGCAGCAGGAAGCGUAUCGGAGGCCAUCAGCACAGUGACGGGCGGCAGUAAACCUCUGCACCGCUUCCUCAGAGGACAACCCAAGAGUAUUGGAGUUGUGCUGGUGAUGAUGGGUGUAGGUCUGUUCAUAUUUGGGAUUGCCACGAAUGUGGAAACAGAUGCGCCCACCUCAGCAGAGCAGUUCACCCCUUUCUGGCUUGGGAUCUUGUUCUUUAUCUGUGGUCUUCUGUACAUACUGUCUGAACGCAGCCCCUCCAAAAAGUUGAUCACAGCCAGCCUUGCUUUGAGCAUCAUCUCAGUCAUUGGAUCGCUGUCUGCUAUGAUAGACUUCUCUAGAGCGAUUGUAGGAAUCUAUCACGUGCAAUGGGAUCAUAUGUAUGAGAAUCACACACAGGAGGAGGAAAUUUACACCAGACAACAUUAUAUGCCCAUCAGAAACAUAGAGCUAGUGUUCUGCUGUCACAGCUUGAUAGGAGGCAUUCUGCUCAUAAUCAUGACGUUCUUCGCCAGGGCGGCGCUGCAAUCCAGCCGGACUCAGGCCGUUGUUGUAAUGCGGAACCUGCCGUCAGCAGAGUGAACAUCCCCAAUCAUCUGAACGUCCUCCUUCAAGUACGUGAAGAGGAGGAUUAGAAUAUUUCACUAAUAAUCAACUGUGAUCUUUAAUAUCGCAUAUAUACAGUAUAUUAAGUGGUAACAAAAUGCGGCAGUAGAACUGUACUUUCGUGACAUUUAUGUAUAAAUUUAUCUUUGUGCUAUCUAACUGUAUAUUAAUGCUUUUGUCAGUGACGGUUCUAAUACUAUAAUAGCUUUGCUGAUGUCUGUUCAAGAGUGCUUCAUCUGGAAAGGAUCUGUUAUGUACAAACAUCUGAUAAACAGCUUUAAAAAGAGAGAUUUACAUGCACUCAAAUCAUAAACACUCUUGUUUUAGACACACUGCAAACACAUUACAUCUUCUAGAUGGAAAUCUUCAUAUCAGAUAGACGUCUGUGAGAUGAAUGUGUGAUGUUUGAGUUUAUAACUAAGCUGAUUGUCAAACUGUAAGUCUUUAUCUUUAUCUAGUAUACUAUACUAUCGGCGUUUCCCAACUCUAGUCCUCGCGUCCUGAGCAGGGAGCGUUCCUUCAUGGAUUUGCUCUGCGCCGCUGCCUGCAGCGUCUUCACACACAGACGAAACUUACUAGAGAAGUGUCAAAUGUGACAUCACAUACCUCUGUACAUAAAUAUAAUUUAAAUUCACGUCUCACACUCUUUAAUGUCCUUUGAGUGGAACAUAUACACUCGUUUCAAACUGGAAUCAUGGCAGAAUAUCCGGUGACAUCCACUUCGCAGGGCACUUCACGGUCGAAUAGAACAAUCACCGUACGUGUUAAGAGAAACAUACAUAAUAUGCAGAGCGAGGACUGACGUUGGAAAACUGCUAUAGAUAACAGUAUAGUAUUUCUAGUAUACUAGAUAAUACUAUUUAGUAAUACAGUAACAGAAAUAAUUCAAUGUAAAGACUUACUAAUAUGGCUAAAAUAAACUGUGUGCUGAAACAUAAAGCAUAAAAGUCCUAAAAGGAUGGUUAAUCUGUAGGAGCAGGACUGAAGACGCUGAAAAGUGAACAGCUUUGAGAUGAUUAGCAGGAGAUCAUAUGUGGUUCUUGGUUGUGAGAUUGUUGCAUGCAGACCUCAUCAGCAUGCUCACCACUUGUGAUCACCCAAGAUAGAUGCUAAUACCUGCUGUAAACAGGUUCAUUUCAUUUUUUUUUUAACAGCAGGAAAAAUCCUUGUACACAUGUAUUUUAAAUGUAAUUUUUAUUUUUAUUUUUUUUUAUGUGUUAUUUUGUAUUCAAAAUUAUUUGUACUUGAACAAUUUAAUAAACAAAUUCUGUGA